AGAAGUAACAUGAAUAGAAUAACGCAAUUAAUAAAUAUACAUAACAUUAUUUCUUUUGCACGCGAAGGUUACGAAUCAACCGUGAAAUGGAUCAGAGAGAGGGAUAUCACGCGUAUCAGAACCUACAUAUCUGAUGUACGUAGAAGUACAUUAUGCCAGUCAACAUUCCACGACCGAUCGUUGUUCAUCAAUAUUAGUGUUUUUCAUUUGUCGGAAAAAGUGUAUUUUUCAGUUUAUAUCAACGCGAUCUUUCCUUCAUGGAACGAAAACAUGGAUUUGCGUGAGUUCUUCCACGAAAUAAUCGUAACAAUGCACAAAUAGUACAUAGCAUUUAAUGAAUAAGAUAUAAAGAAUCUGAGAUAAGAAUAUCUUUGUCGUAAUGGCUGUAGACAAUUCGAAGAAUUUUACCAUGGAAAAUAACGUUUACAAAGGAAAAACAUCGACCUAUACGAAUAACUACAAAAGUGUCGGAGAGAUGGUAUGGGUUAAGAUUAAAAGUCAUGGAGAUAAAAUUGCACAUUUAGAUGCACGCACGGAAGAAGUAGUUACGUAUACAAAACUACAAGACAAAGUUGUGCGAUGCGCAUUAUGGCUUCAAAAGCAAGGAAUCAAAUCCGGCGAUGUUGUCAGUGUUUGUACACAUAAUCAUCUUAAUUCUAUCGUACCUUGCUUGGCGGCAGUUUAUAUCAACGCGAUAUUUAAUUCAUGGGACGAAAACAUGGACUUGCGAACCGCGCUGCACGUUAUGCAACUAACUAGGCCGAAGGUAAUCUUUUGCAGCGAAAAACCCACAAACAUUAUCUUGAGUGCUAUAAAGGAAAGUAAACACAAUCCCAUAAUUGCGGUUUUCGGCCAACAUCCUGACAUAAUCUCCUUUUCUGAUAUUUUAAAUACUUGCACCGAUGCUGAAAUAGCUGAUUUUCAAUAUAUCGAACUCGAUGACAUCAAAAAAACAGUCUGCAUUGUGCACUCCUCGGGCACUACGGGAAUGCCGAAAGGCGUUGAAAUGUCUAAUUACACUCUAUUAUCUAUUAGCGAAGACAAUAAUCUGAAUAUGACAAACGCGAUAUCAAUUUGGUUCUCAUCACUUUACUGGAUCAGCGGAGUGAUGAUGAACUUCAAAGCGAUUGCACAGGGUGCUAAAGUAAUCAUCUAUCCAGAAUUCAACGAAGAGAUGACGUGUAUACUUAUUGAAAAAUAUAAGGUAACAUUGAUAUUUUUAAGCACGAGCAUGAUAAACCGAUUUCUCAAAGCGGAUUAUGUAAAAAAAUAUCCAUUAUUAUCUUUGGAAACCAUAAUCUGUGGUGGUGCAGCUAUAAAAUCGAAAGCGCAAGAAAAAAUGAGACAUAUUUUACCGCAUGUCCAAAUGUCACAAGCUUACGGAAUGACGGAAUUAGGUGGUAUCGCGACGAUGCAACUUUCGAAUCACAAGAAUGGGUCUUGUGGGACAGUAGUUGAGAAUGUGCAAUUGAAGAUCGUGGAUCCAGAAAACGAAAACAUCCUUGGCCCCAAUCAGGCGGGAGAAGUGUGGGUUAAAACAGCGACCAUGAUGAACGGUUAUUAUAAAAACCUUGAAGCGACAAAAAAUACAAUUGACAAAGAAGGAUGGUUACAUUCAGGAGAUAUAGGAUAUAUUGACGAAGACGGGGAACUGUUUAUUAUUGAUAGGAUAAAAGAGCUUAUAAAAUAUAGAGGAUAUCAAAUCUCACCAGGAGAAAUCGAAGAUGUCUUAUUAUUACAUAAAGCAGUGAUGGAAACUGCAGUAGUAGGAGUACCUCAUGCAAUAGACGAUGAGCAUCCUAUUGCUUAUGUCACUAUAAAAUCUGGCGUCAAGAUAACGGAACAAGAAUUAAUAGACUUUGUGUCAAAUAAUAUGAUGGAUCAAUAUAGGCUUCGUGCUGGAGUGAUAUUUUUGGAGACUUUUCCAUAUACAGGUUCUGGAAAAAUUGCAAGAAAAGAUUUAAGAGCAAUGGCUAAAAAACUAGCGGUGGAAAAUUAGUGGUGGAUAAAAAAUGAAUAAUUAUAAAUUUUAAUCAUGUUUUACUUAAAAUUAAA